AUGAGCCCCGACGUGGCGCUCUACCUCGAGGUCGCCGCGGUGGUGGCCAUGGUGGUGCUCAUCGUCGCCCUCGCCGCCGCUGCCUCCGGCGCCUGCCGCAAUGACUGUCGCGCCGCGGCGGCAGCCGACGCCGACAUGGAGCGCGCGCUCGGCGACGCGACGCUGGUGCCGCGCGCGCCCGACGAGCUGGUGCGCGUCGUGCCGGCGUGCGGCCACUUCUUCCACGCGGCGUGCGACGCCGACCGGUGGAUCCGGACGCGCCGGACGUGCCCGCUCUGCCGCGGCGCGCUCUGGCCGCGCGCGGUGCCGAUCGGCGCCGGCGCGGCCGUCGUCGUGGCCGUACCGUAG